ACACUGCUGACAUGUCUAACAGAUGGGUUGUGUUUUGUAUUUUCCUCGCAGGAUUUUGCUUCAUAUCAUGGAAACACUCGUUAAUAGGUGUUGGAGAUGCUCUGAAGUUGGCAGGACGCGGACUGAUAUUUCUGGGCAUCUUCACAUGGCUGAUUCACAUAUUCCCAGGACUGAAAUUUUUCUUCUUUCCUGUAUGCCAAGAACUGCCAGACAGCCCAUUACAUGAAUCUGGCAGAUUAAAACAAGAGCGAGUUCGAAGAAUUCAACAACAUAAUCACAAUGACAAGACAUCUGUCUACGUUGAGACUGUGUUAAAGCCUAGACAGACGUCAUUACUCAAGCAGAAAAUUGAACGAAACCAUCGCAUGAGCGGAGAGAUGUGGAAACUCGGCCAAGGUUUUUCUGUCGGGGGUGAAGAGAAUCAAACACAUGAUGAUGUUGAUGAGACUCCUAAUGAGAGAUCUAAGAGGAAACGUAAGCCACUGCAGACUGCCGCUCAAGAUCCUGUCCAACAGGAAGUACCCAAACACAAGAAGGAGGUCACAGUUAUUGUUUUGCCUGAGGAGCCGUCUGAAGACACUGACGGAGUUGUAAAAAUUGCCCUAAGAUGUCCAAGUGGAAGAACUGUUUACAGAAGAUUCCUCAAAACGUGGAGCUCGCUGCUUCUUCUCGACUGGAUGAAGAAAUCUGGAUAUCAUCCUGUGCUCUACACUCUGUGUACAUCCUACCCCAGAAAAGCCCUGCUGCCCACAGCAGAUGUGAGUCUGGAGGAGGCCGGGAUAUUCAUGGACACAGUGCUGAAUAUAGAGAGCAAAGUUCCUUCCACUACAUGAGAAUAUUCACCUGGAUUUGAUAAGACAGAAUGCAGCAAUUUCCGGUGCCCAGAAUGACCUUUCAUCAGUCUCCCUGGUUUAAAAUGAAUACAUGCACACACAAAUUCUGUUUAAUUCUCCACAUACACUAUAAUCAGAACACAUUGUUCAAGCAUGUCUGUCAUUUCAAUAAAAAAAUACUGCAGUCUGCAUCUUCAAGGAAUAGAGUUUGGGGGAAUCUCACACAAAUAGUAGUAUUGUACUGCCUUCCACUUAUGCCGAUUUUAAAAAUACAAAUACAUUUAGAGUAUGAUUGUCAUCAGAUUCUCUAUAAUGUAAUGGGCGGCUGUGGCUCAGGUGGUAGAGCGGGAUGGUCACUAAUCACAGGGUUGGCGGUUCGAAUCCUGGCCCACACGACUCCACAUGCCGAAGUGUCCUUGGGCAAGAUGCUGAACCCCAAGUUACUCCCAAUGGCAGAUUAGUGCCUUGCAUGGCAGCUCUGCCAUCAUUGGUGUAUGAGUGUGAUUGAAAGCACUUUGGUAACAUCUAAGGUUAAUAAAAAGGCGCUAUAUAAGUGCAGACCAUUUACCAAUACAGUUAUAAGAAUCAUACUAUAUGCACUCAUAUAUUUUUAUUAUUACCAUUAGAUUACAGAUUAGCAUAAAAAAUAUUUAUGAUUACCUUAUAUACACCAAUCAGCCACAACAUUAAAAGCACCCGCCUAACAUUGUGUAGGUCCCCCUCAUGCCACAAAAACAGCGC